AUGGUACAAAGAGGAACGCGCAUAGGGCCGCUGCCUGGGGGUCGCCGGGGCGCGUCUGGAGCUGGCGCUGGACGCGGCAGCAUGCGGGCCGCCAGCCGAGUGCGAGGAGCUGUACGAUCACCUAGCAGCCCCCCGCAUCCAUCAUCCCCACCAGAAGGCUUGGUGUCGGCUGGGUCUUCUCGGACUCAGCAAGCGGCACCCGACGCUGGUGGAGCACGUCGCAAGCGUUGGUCACAAACAAUGAACGCAAACGCACUGCGGGCGUACUUUAGGGCAAAAGGGGAAGAAACCGGAUGUUUGGCAUAUCGGGCUCGGAUGCAUCGGUUUUUUGCAGAGCUGGAGCCAUCUCUAUCCGUCACUGAGCAAAACCUGGCAGACCGAGUUCGGUACAACAUAUUUGGUGACGCCAAACGACGACUACGACGUGAGGCUGUUCUCUCAUCGGAUGGAAAUGCUACGGCUGGGAAUGCGGCGCCACUAAUUGCGCAGCAAACUGCAAAUGUGGACGCUGCCGUCAAUAUUCCAUUUGUGGUUGAUUCAGACGAUGAUGGAAUAGUCCCCCACGAACUAGAGAAAAUGAGGAGCAUAUUGGAAGAGUCGAUGCUGGAAACGCGCAGUAUGCCUCUCGAAAAUCGACCGCGACUUCCCCGCAUACCCCUUAGCAAGCGAAAUAGGGCUGUCGUGCGGGCUCUUAACCCAAUGCUGGUGACCUAUUUGGAAGCCAGCCGGGACCUUUGCGAGACAGACUCAAUUCUUUUGGCGCCGCACUGGCAGUAUGCCGUAUUAUUGGCGCCAAACUUCCCAUGGCUGGACGUGCUACUCAAAAAGGUAGUGCCAUCCCAGCCUGGAGAAAAAGAAUCAAGGACCGUAUUGCAAAGGCAAGGGCCCUUAUCGGCAGACUGA